AUGGGUCGGCUCGACCGGAGUGAUACCAUGGCCUCACAGAAAACUGGCGUGAAACAACCACAGCGUUGUUUCGCCGUGCACUGCACGUUAUGGAAAGCAGAUAGAAGUCCAGCGUGUAGAGCCGUAAUGAUGUCGUUGGACGCCAUGAACUUGAGCGUAACGGAAGUAGACAUCAACAUAGAUAAAGAAGAACACAAAACACCACAAAUGCUCUCUUAUCCGAUCCUUUAUGGAAACUGCAAAUACCUUAAUGCACAACAAAUUAUGGACAUUGAAUGUACUUAUUAUGAUCUGGAGUGCAUGUUGGUUGGUAAAUGCUGGUUUGGUGGCAGUUGGGCAACUCUAAGCGAUAUUAUCUUUGCGGCUUCAGUUAGCACCCUCAAUAUUUUAGUGCCCGUUGACAAAUACAAAUUUCCGAGACUCUCGGGGUGGCUAUAUCGUGUAUCGGAGGAAUUAUUUUACGUAACAGCCAAUAAAAAAGGACUCUGCGAGUUCACGAAAAGAAUAGGCGAGUUACCACAAGUACAAAAGUCAUAA